CCCAGUACCUGCGAACUGCCGACGCAAACCUUCUAACAGUGCGGAUAUCAAUAAAAAGUGAUCAAAAUGUUGGUCGAAGAAACACCGAGGAGCUUCGUCAAGAAAAACAACAAUUACAGCCAUUGUCCGCUGAAAAAGCGGCCAGUGCAUGUCCUGCCGGCCGAAGAAGUUCCGGAAGUAAUUAAAGAAGAGAUCAUCGAUGUCGUGAUGGACGAUAUCCCCGAGCCAGAGAACCUGAGCACAAAGCCGCAGGAUCUGAGUAAAACGGCGGAGCGGCAUCAGCAGCAACAGGAACCGGAGCAACGCGACUCCAGAUCUCCUUCGCCAGCCAUCAAAACGUCCUUGUCAUCUCCAUUGAUAACCAGGCCGGUCUCUCCAACGAUGCACAAUCACGUGCACCCUGUGCAUCACAUCCAUCAUCAUCACUAUCCAACGAAAGCGAUCACGCCGCCGGUAGGCAUCGCACCAAUUCAUCUCGUGGCGAAGAAGGCGCGAGUGGAAGUGAUUCAGCACGAUAAUUCGUCAUCGACGGCGGUGACAGCCACGUCGGCGCCGUUGCACUUCAUGGCGAGCAAGGCGCCGUUGGAACCCUUAAACUUGAACACGCCAGUUGAGCCAUUGGCGCAUUACGCGACUCCAGCCUGGGUUCGAGCAGCUCCGCUCUAUCCGCCACAUUAUUUGCCCUAUCCGACGGCUUAUCAUUACCACCACGCGGGAACAGAGUUGUAUCCGUCCUAUCCGAUACCAGCGUACCCUCACUCGUCACCAGAGCAUCAUCCAUCGAUUUCUCCGCCACCGCACGGUGCACUAACCUGUCCAACAAUUCAAAGACCAAUCGCAAGGAGUUACGCUCAUUGGGCCAGUCCUGACCAUUGUGGCUUGUCACCGACCAGUUCCUUAAGCUCUGGAUCGCUCAGGUCGCCUCCACCAGUUACACCCGAGGAUUUAUCUUCGCCUGGAAGCGACAGCGGAAGAUCGUCCGCUGGAAGUACAUCGACAAGCUCAACGAUCGCGAACCCGAAAAUCGAAAAAACCGGAGUGUCCAGUGGCUCCACGACGUCCUUGUCCUCGACUUCGUCCUCAUCAUCUUCCUCAUCGACAACGUCGCCCAGGUAUCAAUGUCCCGAUUGUGGCAAAUCUUAUUCGACGUACUCCGGCCUGUCAAAGCAUCAACAAUUUCACUGUGCGGCGGCCGAGGGACAGGCGAAAAAAUCGUUCUCGUGCAAAUACUGCGACAAAGUCUACGUCAGCCUGGGCGCGUUGAAAAUGCACAUCAGGACACACACGUUACCCUGCAAAUGCCAUCUCUGCGGGAAGGCGUUCUCCAGGCCGUGGCUGCUUCAAGGACAUAUCAGAACGCACACAGGAGAGAAGCCCUUCAGCUGUCAGCACUGCAAGCGAGCUUUUGCCGAUAGGAGCAACCUCAGGGCGCAUCUACAGACGCACAGUGACGUGAAGAAGUACUCGUGUACAUCGUGCAGCAAAACCUUCAGCAGAAUGUCACUGUUGACGAAACACCAGGAGGGUGGCUGUCCCGGUGUCGCUGUUCCCAUGGGUUAUGGUUGCUAA